AUGGUCUUGCGAGUGUCGUAUGUUUUGGUGGUUCUAACCAUUCUUUCCAUGGAUCAUAGGAUCUCUCAAGCCACAUCCCGUGUUGCCUUUCAGAAGCUAUCCAUUGCUGAUUACUUCGAACAAUGGAUGAUCCAGUUCUCUCGAGUUUACGUCAAUUCACUCGAGAAACAGAUGAGGCUGGAAGUGUUCGAGAAAAACUUGGAAUACAUUGAGAACUUCAAUACUAAGGAGAAUAAAAGCUACAAACUUGGUGUCGACGAGUUCACGGAUCAAACUGACGAGGAGUUCCUAGCCACCCACACCGGUCUCAGUGGCAUUAGUGCAAUUUCAUCAUCCGAAGUGGUUGAUGAAUCGAUGUCAUCUUGGAAAUGGAACGUCAGUAAUAUCAUUGGAUUCUAUGCCAAGAGCAAAGACUGGAGAUUGGAAGGAGCUGUAACACCUGUCAAAAACCAAAGAAGUUGUUUUGGUUGUUGGGCGUUCUCGGCGAUUGUAGCGGUGGAAGGUCUGACAAAGAUUUCCCAAGGAAAGCUCGUAUCACUGUCCGAACAGCAACUUCUAGAUUGUGACAAAGCUAACCACGGUUGCAAGGGAGGAUUAAUGGACAAAGCUUUCAACUACAUAGCACAAAAAGGAAUUACUGGAGAUGACGAUUACCCUUUCCUAGAGGAAGAUGGGAUUUGCCAGUUCGAGGAUGAACCCGUCAUUAAGAUCAGAGGUUACCAAUGCGUUCCACGCAACAACGAGCUUGCUUUGCGCGAGGCAGUAUCGAGACAGCCCGUCUCCGUUGGAGUGGCUUGGCAUUUGGACAGUAUCAUCCAUUACUCAAGCGGAGUGUACGAUGAGCCUUACUGUGGUAUCAACAUGAACCAUGCGGUGACUAUUGUAGGGUACGGGACGAGCCCUGAAGGGAAAGAUUAUUGGCUGGCUAAGAACUCUUGGGGUGCGAGUUGGGGAGAGAAUGGUUACGUUAGACUCCGUAGAGAUGUGGAGUGGCGUGAAGGCAUGUGUGGUCUGGCUCACUAG